CUGGACUUGGCAUUCGGGUAGAGACCGGUUCGGAUUUCCGUCGAGGGUUUUAAUAGGGUUUUGUGCAUUUUUCACACUCAACUCUCUGCACUAGUAGUUUCCUCAUUCUCAACCUGAUCUGGAAAAAUCACUUGGCUACUUGUAUGCCUUUGAUGUUGUAGUUCCAAUUAUGUAUUUGUGAUUGGUGUCGUCUACAGUUGGAUCUGGUAUUCAUUGGAAUUGGUGCUUUGGAUCCAUUUAUUAUCAUAAACCAUAUAUCAGCUGGUGCCAUUACUUCUCUUGAGGCUAAGGAGGAACAUAGACAUGAAUUUGAGGCGCUUCUUCCGGAGAUCCACAGUUACCAAAAUAUCAAAACUACAUGGUAGGGGAUUGUCCUCAUACUCUUCUGGUUACAGAUUUGGUGCGAUCACUAGCAGCUGCGUACCCCCUUUAUUUCAUCCAUCGGGAUCUUAUCAUGCCUCAUGUUUCGGCGGUGGCCCUAAAAACCCAAUAUUUCAUAAACCUUUGUGUAGAUACAUUCACACUGUACAACAAGUUAAUUUGAAUGACUCAUCAAGUAAUGUGGAACUUGAAUCAGAAAAUGAUGCUACCAUGAAUGAGUUCUUAUCCAGAUUUGUUUGGAUAAUGCGCAAAAAGCUCUCUGAAGUUUAUCCUGACUGUGACAAGAAUACGAUUGAUGGGAUGCUUUUGAUUAUUGUUGAGAAGGUUGUAUCAGAGAUGGAAAAGGGUGGGCUUGAGCAAAUGACUGGAUCCGCUGCAUCAACACCAUCUGAGGAUUUCAGUGAGGAUUUAUGGAGAACAGUGUGGGAUGUUAGCAAUGUAGUUCUGCAAGACAUGGAAAAAGAGAAGAAAAAAGAGAAAAUGAAGAUUUUUCUUCAGUCUGAGGAAGUUAAGGAGAUGUACAGGUUUGCUGGUGAAGUGGGCAUUCGUGGGGAUAUGCUAAGAGAGCUCAGGUUCAAGUGGGCUCGUCAAAAAAUGGAGGAAAGCGAGUUCCAUGAGAGUUUAGAACGACUUCGGAAAGAGGAAGCCCAAACAGAAUCUCCAGGGCAAGAGCAUUUGAGAAAAGAAAUUGCUGUUGGAGAAGAGGGGGUGGGAGAUAAUGAUAAUGUGGCUGAAGAUAAACAGAAGAUUGUCUCUCUUCCAAAAAGACAUGGGAAGAUCAAGUACAAGAUUUAUGGACUUGAUUUAUCUGAACCAAAAUGGGCUGAGGUGGCGGAUAAAGUUCACAAGAGUGGCGAAGUUAUGUGGCCUCAGGAGCCAAAGCCAAUAUCUGGUAGAUGCAAACUUGUUGCUGAUAAGAUCCUCUCUUUACAAGAAGCAGAUGAUCCUGCUCCACUUUUAGGCGAAUGGAUAGGCCUUCUCCAACCUAGCAGGGUUGACUGGAUUGCUUUUCUUGAUAGAUUAAAAGAACAGAAUCCUCAUAUAUACUUCAAGAUUGCAGAACUUGUACUUGGUGAAGAGUCCUUCGAAGCAAACGUACGUGACUACUCAAAACUGAUUGAUGCUCUUGCUAAAGAAAAUCGCUUGGAAGAUGCCGAGAGAAUUCUGACAAAAAUGAAUGAAAAUGGAAUUCUUCCUGAUGUUAUUACGUUAACCAUUGUUGUUCACAUGUACUGUAAAUCAGGAAAUCUUGAUCGAGCCAAAGAAGCAUUUGAAAGCUUAAGGGCCCAUGGCUUUCAACCUGACAUGAAGGUCUACAAUUCGAUGAUCAUGGCCCAUGUGAAUGCUGGUCAACCAAAACUAGGUGAGUCUUUGAUGAGAGAAAUGGAAACGAGGGACAUAAAGCCUACGAAGGAGAUAUAUAUGGCCUUGCUUCAGUCCUUUGCCCAGGUCGGUGAUGUUAAUGGAGCUGACCGAAUUUCCACCACCAUGCAAUUUGCUGGAUUCCAGCCGAGUCAAGAAUCCUGUGCAUUAAUGGUUGAGGCAUGUGAGCGAGCCGGUAACCUGGACCAAGCUAGGCAUAAUUUUGAUCAGAUGAUGAAACUUGGGCACAAGCCAGAUGAUAGAUGCACAGCCAGUAUGAUUGCUGCUUAUGAAAAGAAGAAUUUGUUGGACAAAGCCUUAAAUCUUUUAUUGGAACUCGAGAAGGAUGGAAUUGAGCCUGGGGUUGCUACUUAUACUGUUCUUGUUGAUUGGUUCAACAAGUUGGAGCUUUUUGAUGAAGUUGAACAGAUAUUGGAUAAGAUUGCUGAACAGGGCGAGGCUCCUCCAUUAAAGCUCCAUAUAAGCCUCUGUGACAUGUACAUUAAGUCUGGGGCUGAGAAGAAGGCGCUUCAAGCUUUAGGAGUUCUGGAGUCAAAGAUUGAGCAACUGGAGUCUGCAGAUUUUGAAAAGAUUAUAUAUUCACUUAAAGCUGGCGGCUUUGUUGAGGAUGCUCGAAGGAUACAUGGAAUGAUGGAAGCCCGGGGAUUUGUACUAUCUGAGCCAUUGAAGGUAGCUCUAACGGCAUCUCGAGCAGUGGGAACAAGUCAUAGAAGUAACAAGUACUCGCCAGAAAAGAGAUAAAUUAUCAGAUAGUUCGGUUAUCACCUGUAAGUCAUGUCUUUGCAUAAGAAAGCGAAAUGAUUAUUGAGUGCUGAGGCUUCAUUAGAUUAGUGGCACUUCACCUAGACUUGUAGUAAGUUUUACCUUCUGUUUGCAUGUAUAUUCUUUUUGUGCCCAAAACCAUGUAGUUCAUCAGUUUUAGAAUCACCUCAAACAGGUCAAAUGCAGAAACCUGAGGAAGUAGGUUGCAGAUUUUGCAAUAACAUGAACUACAGUCCCUGCAAACUACUUUGGCUAAGUUUGACCCAGAAACAAUUUGACAUGAUCAACACCAUUUUUCGUCGAGCCUAA